AUGAAAGAAAUCUGCAGUGUACAUUCAGCUGUGUUCAAGACAACUAUCUUCCGACCGCAGGUGGUGACUGAGGCCUUUCUCAUCAAAUUUGGAAAACUGCUGGUUGUGGAUUUGAUUGUACCACCGCUGGCGUCUCUGGCCUUCAGUAAGAAUGUGGAAUGGCGUGUUGUGAGUUUGCGUGUGCUGUCAGAGAUCACGCUGCUGCUGCUGCUGAGCCAAGUCGAGGUGGAGGAGAGUGAGAGAGACGGAGGGAGAGAACGAGAGGCAGAGUGGGAAGGUGAAGGCAUCUCAUCCAACACUCGCUUGCUGACGCUCAUCUCUGAGGCCCUGCUGCCACAGUAUGAGACUCUGCUUCUGGAGUCAGAUCCUGUACCGGUGUAUGCUCUCAAACUGCUGGUGUCCCUCACUGAGCACAGCUCACCCAUCAGCAGGCUUGUUAGAGAGAGCAGUCUCCUGCCUGCUAUCUUUCAAGUCAUAGAGGAGCACAAGAAUAACACAGUCGGCAGCAUGAUGCAGAAUGCCAUGGCUCUCCUCUGCAAUCUGACUGGACAGAAGGGCACAGACCUCAGACCAUUCGACCAGCAAGGUGCAGUACAUCUGAACGUCAUUCGCUUUGAUAUAUAUAUCGGCCCUCCGGUUUCUAGCCUAUCUCUGAACCAGAACACACAAACCCACACAGUCUUUUCACCCAGACACUGCCACACACAUGAAAAGGGCCUGCAUUCAGAGAGCUGCCCUUGUUUUGUUUUGGAGUGUUUUCAUUCCAUUACCAGACCCUUAUUGCUCUCAUCUCGCUGUCUGACUUUGUGUGUGACUCUGAUGGAGGGGGAGGGCGUCCAGCUGCCUUUUUUUAAGGGCUUCCACCAGAUACUGCUGCUUUUAUCAGCAUGGACUCAUGUGUGGCGGCCCUGUAGCCCACAUCUACUUAGUAUCCCACCCAUCUAGCCCUCA